GAUAGGCGGUGGAUGGGAGAGCUGGCGCAGCUGCCGUGGUGGCAGCGGCUGAAGUGGUGGCGGUGGCUGCAGCGGCUGCUGCAGCUGCAACAGCUCCGGGCUCAGGGCUUUGGCGGAGGCGCCGGCGGGCAGGGCUGCGCAGUGUGGACCCCGGCGCGUGGUCCGGGUUGCUGGGGCAGCUCGUAAGAUGCCUCUGAUGGAGGAGUUUCUGAGAAGCACCUCUGAGCCCGUGGCUUUGAUUGGGAGCUCAAAGCAGAGACUAUUUAAAGCUCUGGACAUCACAUCCUGAGAACUGCAGGAGAGGAGAACAUGGCUGUGAGUUUAGAUGAUGACGUUCCCCUCAUCUUGACCUUGGAUGAGGGUGGCGGUGCCCCGCUGGCUCCCUCCAAUGGCCUGGACCAAGAGGAUCUGCCUAGCAGAAAUGGAGGCAAAUAUGACAUCCCUGACUCCCAGGUCCCCAGUCUGAGCUCAGGGGGCGAGAGUCCUCCCUCCAGUCCCACCGGCCACAACUGGGAGAUGAAUUAUCAAGAGGCAGCAAUCUACCUCCAGGAAGGUGAGAACAAUGACAAGUUCUUCACCCACCCCAAGGAUGCCAAAGCGCUGGCGGCCUACCUCUUUGCACACAACCACCUCUUCUACCUGAUGGAGCUGUCUGCGGCCCUGCUCCUGCUGCUGCUCUCCCUGUGCGAGGCCCCCGCCGUCCCCGCGCUCCGGCUGGGCAUCUACGUCCACGCAACCCUGGAGCUGUUCGCCCUGAUGGUGGUCGUGUUUGAACUCUGCAUGAAGUUGCGGUGGCUGGGCCUGCACACCUUCAUCCGGCACAAACGGACCAUGGUCAAGACCUCCGUGCUGGUGGUGCAGUUCAUCGAGGCCAUCGUGGUGUUGGUACGGCAGACGUCCCACGUGCGGGUGACCCGGGCGCUGCGCUGCAUCUUCCUGGUGGACUGUCGGUACUGCGGUGGCGUCCGGCGCAACCUGCGCCAGAUCUUCCAGUCCCUGCCGCCCUUCAUGGACAUCCUCCUCCUGCUGCUCUUCUUCAUGAUCAUUUUCGCCAUCCUCGGUUUCUACUUGUUCUCCCCUAAUCCUUCAGACCCCUACUUCAGCACCCUGGAGAACAGCAUCAUCAGUCUGUUUGUCCUUCUGACCACAGCCAAUUUCCCAGACGUGAUGAUGCCAUCCUACUCCCGGAACCCCUGGUCCUGUGUCUUCUUCAUCGUGUACCUCUCCAUCGAGCUGUACUUCAUCAUGAACCUGCUUCUGGCCGUGGUGUUUGACACCUUCAAUGACAUCGAGAAACGCAAGUUCAAGUCUUUGCUAUUGCAUAAACGAACCGCCAUCCAGCACGCCUACCGCCUGCUCAUCAGCCAGCGGAGGCCUGCUGGCAUCUCCUACAGGCAGUUUGAAGGCCUGAUGCGUUUCUAUAAGCCCCGGAUGAGCGCCGGGGAGCGCUAUCUUACUUUCAAGGCAUUGAAUCAGAGCAGCACGCCUCUGCUCAGCCUGAAGGACUUUUAUGAUAUCUACGAAGUCACCGCCUUGAAGUGGAAGGCAAAGAAAAAUAGAGAGCACUGGUUUGACGAGCUUCCCAGGACAGCAUUCUUCAUCUUCAAAGGAAUUAAUAUCCUUGUGAAGUCCAAGGCUUUCCAGUACUUCAUGUACUUGGUGGUGGCCGUCAAUGGGGUCUGGAUCCUUGUGGAGACCUUCAUGCUGCAAGGUGGGAACUUCUUCUCCAAGCAUGUGCCCUGGAGUUACCUCGUCUUUCUGACUAUCUACGGGGUGGAGCUGUUCCUAAAAGUGGCCGGGCUUGGCCCCAUUGAGUACCUGUCCUCCGGAUGGAAUCUAUUCGACUUCUCCGUCACAGCGUUCGCCUUCCUGGGGCUGCUGGCUCUGGCCUUCAACAUGGAGCCCUUUUAUUUCAUAGUGGUCCUGCGUCCCCUCCAGCUGCUGAGGUUGUUUAAACUCAAGAAGCGUUACCGCAACGUGCUGGACACCAUGUUUGAGCUGCUGCCCCGGAUGGCCAGCCUGGGCCUCACCCUGCUCAUCUUUUACUACUCCUUCGCCAUCGUGGGCAUGGAAUUCUUCUGUGGAAUCCUCUACCCCAACUGCUGCAAUAUGAGCACAGUGGCUGACGCCUACCGCUGGCUCAACCACACCGUGGGCAACAGGACCGUCGUGGAGGAAGGCUACUACUAUCUCAACAAUUUUGACAACAUCCUCAACAGCUUUGUGACCCUGUUCGAGCUUACAGUUGUCAACAACUGGUAUAUCAUCAUGGAAGGUGUUACCUCUCAGACCUCCCACUGGAGCCGUCUCUACUUCAUGACCUUUUACAUCGUGACCAUGGUGGUGAUGACCAUCAUCGUGGCCUUCAUCCUCGAAGCCUUCGUCUUCCGGAUGAACUACAGCCGCAAGAACCAGGACUCGGAAGUUGACGGUGGCAUCACCCUUGAGAAGGAACUGUCCAAAGACGAGCUGGUCGCUGUCCUGAAGCUCUACCGGGAGGUACGGGGAGCCACCUCGGACGUCCCCCAGCUGCUCCAGAUCCUCUCCCAGAUGGAGAAAUAUGAGCAAAACACCUUGGUGUUUCUGGGACGGAGAUCAAGGACCAAGAGCGAUCUGAGCCUAAAGAUGUACCAGGAGGAGAUUCAGGAGUGGUACGAGGAGCACGCCCGGGAGCAGGAGGAACAGCAGCGACAGCUCAGCGGCUGCGCUGUCCCCACCACCCAGCAGACUCCAGGCAGCCGCCAGCGCUCCCAGACCAUCACCUAGCCCCAGCCUGCAAAAGCCAUCUCUUCUAUGCAAUAACACAAUAGUAUUAUUUACUACAAUGUAUCAAAAUAAUGUGUGGGUAUAUAUAUACAUAUUUUAUAUAUAUACACACAUAUUCAUAUAUAUGCACAUAUUUAUAUAUAGAAAGAAGAAAAGUCAGGCAGACAGGACGCGGUUUGGUUUGUAACCACCUUGCCCUGUUAACCCCAGUGGUCAGUUUCAUUCGGCAAGGGGGUCCGGCCACUAGGAGCUCUCCAUAGCACAGAAAGCUCCAGAAGGCCCCUUUCCAAGAGCAGUUGAAUAGAUUCUGCCGAUCUUUGCAGGGCUUGCCUUUGAAGUGGGCCAGCUGUCCCUAGGACAGCUCCACACCGUCUUCCUGAAGCCGCAUUCAGAAUCCCAUCCCAGCCGACAGCUAGUUUCCCCACUAACGUCGCCUGUGGCCCACGUCCCGGGGUUUGUGUGUCCUGCUUUGGGGACAAAACCACUUGGGAAGGAAAAGAAUCCAUAUCCUCGGGUUGAGUAUCUCUAUGUGAUCAUGUGAUAUGGCGUUCCUUUGGGGGACCAGUGCCUAGGACCUACUGAGAGAGUAAUUCAGGGCUGGGGUUAUUCCUGGUGGUCAGAUCUCAGCCUGUGCUGGGACAUGAGAGAGGCUGCAUCCUGGUUCCCUGAGCCUCCUCACCCUCACUUCUUUCAGUUUCAACCUUUGUUGUUGAAAAUGCUCCUAAAAUGGCCUUGGGACUCAAGGCCCAGCGGGAAGAAGAAAGAGGCCAGGCCGACGGCUGAGACCCACACCAAGUCCUGAAAUGGGCUUUCGCCACUAAAUCUUUUCCUGGGGAUGGUCCUGUUCAAACAAAAAGACAUUUUGGUUAGUUCAGGAUUCUGCUAAAGACAACAGCAGAUCCUUCACUGGCGUGGGAACGGGGGCAGAGAGCACCGACGUGCACGGCGGGCCGUCCAGCGCAGCCCUGUGGCUGAUCCUGCCCGUGCGCUUGGCCAGUUCCCUCUCAGCCAGGGCAGUCACCCUUUGUGGAUUCAGCUGAGGCAGCAGUGGGGGACUCGGCUCACCCCAAAGUUUCCGCUCCCAGGAGUAGGUUGAGGUGACUCCUCGGUUUCCUGGUGCCUGAGCCCAGAGCAGACCGUGGGGGUUGGCAGUCCUGGGGAGCCGUGGUGGUGGUGGCAGCAGAAGCAGGGUCAGGACGGCGGGGCUUUGGCUCAGCCCUCCUGGGCGACAAGCCCAGCGCGGUGCAUUGGAUGAAAGGGGUCCAGAGGGAGCGAGCAAGCUGCCCCCACUGGGCGUCCCGCUCCAACCCCAGCUUCCCAGCUGCCUCCACAACUUAGAAGAUGGGUGGGCAGGAUUCCCCUCACCAUGUCCUCUUCCCAGCCAGGCAGGCGCGCAGCUCCUGGCUUCCCAACCCUGUGUCCCCAGGUGUGGCCUCAAGAGGGGCUGGCCGUAGCCAACGCCCCACAGCUCUUCCCCUCACCAGGGGACACGUGAUGGGUGAUUUUGUUUUUAAAGCACAGCCCUUUGGGGAAAUGACGAAUCACUGAGAACCACUGAGAUUCCCAAAGGGAAUCAGGAGACGGACAUCGUCCUCUUGGUCUCUGGAGGGCCACCGACCGGGACAGGCAGCUCGGCACUAAGCCCCAGUUCAGAACCCCUUUGGCUCUCCAGAGAAGGAACUUUAUUUGCACAACUGGGUGCCUUUUAGCUUUUCUGAAUUGAAAUGGGCAUUCUGGAAGCAGGAGUCAAGGGGCAGCUUCUAAAGGAGGGUGAGUCCUCCAACCUCAGCGUCUUGUUCUCGUCCCUGCCUCUGCCUCCAGGAGGCUGAACCCUGGGAGGGGCGCCAGGGAAGCUGAGUCCCCCCCGCCCCACCCCCAAGGGGAAGGCUGGGCCCAGGAAGGGUGGGGUCUAGUCCCGGCCUCCCAACCCUGCCCUGGGAAAGGCUUUUAGCCAGGGCAGGAUGAAGGCCUGAUGGACCUGACUCCAGCCACUGGUGGGCGCCCUUGUCAUUGAGGUUAAGGACAGCUGCCCCCUCGGUAUCACUGGGGGACCUUGGCAAGUUGACCCUCCGACUUACACACAGGCCAUGGAGCAGGGAGCAGGUGUCACCCAGGGCUGUGAGCUGUGUGGUACCCAGGACAUCCAGCACAGACACCCUCACCUCCUGUGUCAUAGCUGAACGAAACCACGGGAGACUUACCGACUGGCCCUGGAUCAUACCACCUUUCAGUGGCCAUGGUGGCCUUGUGCCUCUGCCCUGCUUUGGGGAGAGAUGCCAUCUGGCCCCUCCUCCUCGCUUCCCUCCCCCAACCCAGCCUUACUCCACACCACGCGACAAUCAUUUUGUACCAAGAGCGGGAGCAACGCUGUUAAGGUUUUGUAUAUUGGUGAUUUGUUACCUAGAAAACCCACGAUGUCUCCGGAUUUCUGGCAUAUUAAUAAAAGAGCCUCUGCUUUGUA